AUGGAUGAAGUGGGAAUGUACACCUUUAGGACAUGUUGCACUAUAUCAGGGCUCACUUCAUCCUCAAUCCCCCGAACUAUUUUGCAACUACAAAUGUAUGACCACGACGACGACAAUAAUGAUACCGUGGAAGUGGAAGGGAAAGACAAGAAGGAUCUUGAAAAUAAAAAGGAUGACACCGUUGGAGGAAACUAG